CCAUCCUUCGCCAGACCCUUCACUUUCCGUCGCGUGUAACUCUUCGCUACUUCACUUGUCACUCCCUUGCACCGUGUAUAAAAUCGUUCAAGCUGGCGCCCACCGGCCCUUCACGCACUCGCCGUCGCAGAGGCGGACGGCGUAGGCGUCGCGUCACCGUAAACGAAAACUACUCGCACAUCCAGGUCGUGCCCCAGGACCAGAUCCGUCGCGGCAGCUCUCAAGACGACUGGUACGAAGACGACUACGACGAAGAGGACUCGCCGCCAGCCUACAAGCACGUUGCGACGACCAUCCACGCCACGCCACUCCGCACAACCGUUUCCGCCUUCGCAACCUCACAGAGCACUACCGUGGCGCAAUCAGGACACACUUUCGCAGAGAUGGCGCGUGGCGGGUCGCGUGUCCCGAGGGAGAAUGUCCCGCCGCCCCGCGAUGUUUCGCCCGCAGUCACAGCCAAGAUCAAGCUCAAGUCCAAGCAGAAGCAGUGGAAGCCGCUGGACCUGGGCGAUCACAACAUCCUAGAUUUUCCCAACGUCGACCUCUACGAGGACGACUCAGCUUACAGCGAAGGCGACCCCACGACUACCGUCGGCUCAAGCUCCAUGGCGGCCCGCUUGGCUGAAGACGACGAGAUUUUGAUCAUCUUUCCCAAGGGCUUGCCUGACCCUAUUUACCUUCGCUCGGAAGUCGGAAAUCAUCAUGGUGAGAUUCAGUACAUCAAGCAUCCGAAUCGCGACGUCACCGCGCAUCAGUGGUCUGCGACCUACUUUGAGUGGAUCGUCAUCGGGUGUUACUCCUGCGUACGGAAGACAAUCGAAGGCCCAGUGGUUUCUCCGGACUUCUUGAAGCUCAUCGGAUCCACGCGCGAACGCCCGAGCUCUUUGGAAUACUUCUGCGAGCUCGCCGAGGAAUAUGGUAAGAGUGUUCACGCAGAACCUUCCAACUUCACUGUCGCCUCGUCACGCCCAGGGUUCAAGACAAACACUGCCGAAGAGCUUCGUCGCCAUGACCAAAUUCCGAUUGUGGCUGGACCUUCUACCAAAGAUGAUGACUUUCCGGUCCUCGGUUCGCUCGCCCUAAAAAACCUGAAACCAAACACUCAGGAAGCUCCUCCAAAGGUAUAUGGGGCGACCAAGCGUCCGCAAAGCGAAGAGCCACCUCGUGUUCCCACUCCGCUCCGUUUGCAAACCUUCCGUGAUGACAACCCGUUUGUCGAAGCUCCCACCGCUCCGCGCGGGCAGAUGGACAGAGAUUUUCGCUUCCCUUCGCCAAACGUUGGUAGAACCAAACGUGACGUCCGCGACUCACCACCACCUCGCCCUGAAGCUUCCAUGGAUCAGUCUAGGCUCGACAGAAAGGUCUUUUUUAUUCAACAGGAACGUGACCACAUCCAACAGCUACGCCAGGCGAAGCAGCAGCAAGUCUCUGCUCCUCCCGAUCCCGAAGAGCUUGUCAAGGGCCUGCAGUCGGUGAUGCCUUUGCAACAGAUCCGUUCAUCAGUGCAAGAACUAAACCCUAGCCGCGAGCGCAUGCUGGAUUAUCUCAACCGCGUCGGUGACGAGUUCAAGUCUACGCAGAAGGUAGCGCAGACGCCUGCUUACGAUUCUCCGGUUGAGCCACAUCCCACUGGAGCAGUUGAGAUCGAUUUCGCUUCUGAAGAAGACCGCACUCCGGUACCGCGUGUGCUUAACUCGUUUCUGCCCACGUCAACUGUCGAAACAGUUCGCCCCGGGCCGAUGGAGCACCCUCCUGGAUUUCACCUGCAACCGAGCCAGAACGCGGAAGCUGGAAAGUGUCUUACCUCUUCCGGUUCACAAUUCUCACGCAAGGACUUGCACACCAGCGAUCCCGAGCCUGGCUAUGAAGGGCGCCUCGUAGAUGUCUACAACACUUCUGCUGCGUCCGAGGCUCUGCCUACGCCGCAAAACUUUGGUGGGCCCUUCUUCUACGACGACAUGCCCAGUGCGAGCAACCCUACCGCAAGGACCUCCACUCGCAUGAGCUAUGGUGAGAGACUCGACAAAUGGUGGACCUCUGGAAACCUAAGCCAACGCCACGACGAAUAUCUGAAGGCGUUGGCGAAGACUUCCAAGAAUGAAGAAGCUCACAAGGAUUUUGUCGUCACUGACCGCGCCCUUCUACCCCUCUACGAGACAUUUUCAUCCUACGUUCGCGAUAUUGAGAAGAAGAAGAAGGGGGUAGAGAAGGUGCCAGACCACUUUAUGCGCUUCGCUUCGCCUCCGGAUUUUGCGAUCGACCGCAGCCGCGACGGCAACAAGAGCUUCUUCGGCGAGGACUGGGGCGAGGUACCUAAGCGCAUCGGGCGUGAUCCCCGCUACUUCACGUCCUCGGUCGCGCCGGUGUUCGUACCUGCUACGAGAGCCCCAGGUCAGCCCGCUGCCGGGACCAACGCCUAUGGCCUCCUGUCCACCGGUCCGGGCCUUAGAGGCAGUGCGGAGGACUUGGGCAAGCUCAAGGGCUUUGGUUCUUUUGGCGACGCUUAUCGUUCGCUGCCCCGUGGCCCGAGUGGUGGCAGCGGCCUUCAGAGCUUCGGCUUCGGUGCUGGUGGCCAGGGCGGGGAGAUGUAGAAUCCUGGCCCGGCUGCUGAUCCUGGCUGGAUGCCGUCGAUCAAAUCGCCGUGGCGCUAGGCGGAUGUCUGAGACAGAAGGCUCUCUGACGACUCAUCGCGCAUUUCGUCUCUACUUGGCUGCUGCAGGUGCUUGAAGACCAACUUGUCUUACAUCGAAUGGCCUGCGGCUGCAGGUAUUUCGUCGACUUCUCUCAACA